UUCCGUCUCCCACAGCCCUCCCCGGCUUCAUCAUCCUCUCCGGUCACACCGUCGAGGUCUCAAGUGAAACCCAGCACAGAAAACAUGCCUCGACCCGCGCGCUACGACUUCCACACCAACCCCGUGGCUCAUCCCAAGGCCAUUGUGACGGGCGAGACGUACCGCUUCACCGUCCUCACCGAUGGCCUGCUCCGAUUCGAGUGGGCUGAAGACGGCCGGUUCGAAGACCGAGCUUCCACCUUCGCCAUAUGUCGUAAAUUGACUGUUCCAGACUUUUACGUGUGGGACCGUGGCAACAUCAUCGAGAUCGUCACGAAGCGCUUUCACGUAUUUUAUAACAAGAAGAGAUUUAGCUCCGAUGGCUUUUCUAUACAAUUGAAGGGUCCAGUGACGGCUAAGUGGACGUAUGGUCAAAAGGUGUCUAAUUUAGGGGGCACUACCCGCACAUUGGACACGGUCGAUGGAAGAACAAAUGUGGACCCCGGGGUGCUUUCGCGCGAGGGUUUCGCGGUCCUUGAUGACAGCAAGACUAUGAUGUUUGAGAGCGAUGGCUGGAUAGGACCUCGGAAGACCGGCAACCGGAGCGAUGGGUACAUUUUCCUUUACGGACACGACUACCGCGAGGCCAUGAGGGCAUACUAUGCUGUGUCUGGAAGUCAGCCUCUGUUGCCUCGAUAUGCGCUUGGAAAUUGGUGGAGCCGAUAUCACCCAUUCACAAGGGAAGAGUACUUGGAUCUUAUGGACCAUUUCGAUAAUGACGACGUUCCCAUGAACGUUGGGGUUCUGGAUAUGGAUUGGCAUCGGGUGUGGGAUCUUCCUCCUGGGUACGGCAAUGGAUGGACGGGCUACAGCUGGAACAGAAAAUUCUUCCCGGAUCCUCCCGCUUUUCUUGAAGAGCUCCAUGAUCGCAAUCUCAAGAUAACGCUCAAUGUCCAUCCUGCAGAUGGCGUGCGAGGCUACGAAGAUCAGUACGAGGAGGUCGCCAAGUACCUUGGUAUUGACCCGAAGACCAAAAGAGCUGCCGAGUUUGACUGCACAAACAAGGAUUUUAUGGACGCAUAUUUUGACAUCGUGCAUCACGAGCAUGAAGCAGAGGGUGUCGAUUUCUGGUGGGUGGAUUGGCAGCAGGGGAACAGCUCCAAGAUUCCUGGUGUGGACCCUCUUUGGGUCCUUAAUCAUUUCCAUUUCCUUGACAUUGGCCGAGGGCGACAGAGACCUCUAAUUCUUUCUCGUUUUGGAGGUCCAGGAUCACAGCGAUACCAAAUUGGCUUCUCUGGCGACACCAUCAUGACCUGGGCGUCGUUAAGUUUCCAACCAGAGUUCACUGCAACUGCAUCGAACAUUGGGUAUGGAUGGUGGAGUCAUGACAUUGGUGGCCAUAUGCAUGGCUUUAAGGAUGAUGAACUUACCGCGCGAUGGGUGCAGCUGGGCUGCUGGUCGCCAAUUCUUCGACUGCAUUCUUCAAAUAAUAUCUUCAACACCCGAGAACCAUGGGCAUUCAGGCCAGAAGCCUGCGGCGUCAUGGAGGACACCCUCCGCCUACGGCAUCGUCUCAUCCCCUACCUUUAUACCAUGAAUGCACGAUCAGCAUCUGAUGACGAGCCUCUCAUUCAACCGAUGUACUGGGAUUACCCAGAAGUCAGUGAGGCGUACAAGGUUCCGAACCAGUUCCGCUUCGGAAGCGAAUUGAUCGUGGCACCUAUUACAAGUGCCCGUGAUACUACCACGCAUCUUGGUGCCACGAACGCUUGGCUUCCUCCUCUACGCUUCGUUGAUAUCUUCACUGGCGUUGUUUACGACGGAGACCGUGAGCUUCUGCUGCACCGACCCUUGAGUGGUUAUCCUGUCCUUGCUGCAGAGGGUGCAAUCAUUCCACUAGAUGCAGCAUGGCGUCCUGCGAAUGGCUCCCCUAACCCCACUGCUUUGGAGAUUCUCCUCGUAGUCGGAGCAGACGGUUCCUUCAGCCUGAUCGAAGAUGAUGGCUCGGGCACCCGCGUGGAUGAUGGCGACUUCCGCAUGAUUGAAGAAGGUGGUAUUGAGUCUGGCUCCGACAACGUCCGUUUCAGCUACACUCCCAUCACCUACAAGCAAUCCACUGGUGUCCUCAAGAUCGGCCCAACAUCUCCUUCUGAUCCCUCAAUUCCAAAGAACCGUAACUGGAAAAUCCGACUAGUUGCCCAUUCACUGAAGAACAGGUCCGAGAUCCGCUGCGUAGUGACAUCGUCCAAGAAAGCGAAGCCAAUUCCGUACACAACUACCUCGGUCAAUAACGGCACGAUCUUGUCGCUAGGCAGCGUUCCCUCCGAUCAUACUUGCAUCGUCGAGCUAGGCUCUGGACCUCAGCUCGACGUGCUUGAUCCGACGAAGAAGAUUUGGCCGAUCCUCUAUGAUUCAUGUAUGGAUUAUGACAGGAAAGACGGGAUCUGGAAUGUAAUCAAGGCUGAUCAGCCUCUGGGGACGAGAGUUGGGAGGCUACAGAAUAUGGGGAUUAAGCAAGAGCUGUUGGAUGCUAUACUUGAGUUGAUGUUGGCGGAUUCGAGGUAUGCGAGAGAAUAGGGAGGGUGCUAGGGCCUGGGAAUGAUUGGCAUAUAAAGAGAGUUGGUGAAUGUGGUGAACAUAGAUACGUCGUACUUGGGGCUUUUAGUUUAUUUCCGGGAUUAUAGUCUGUAGCAUUAGGGCUACAAUGUUUGUUCAAUGCAUGAUGUUGAUG